AUGGCGGCGCACAUUACUAGAGCUGUGAAACAACUUGUCCCACAAAAGGGCGGGUGGCUCCGGGCCGCAGUCUGGCAGUUGUAUGCUGAAGCAUGGCGUCAUCACUAUCACUCUGCAGGCUCCUCUCUGCACUACAUACCCCGCAGGGCAGUUCUCUACUGCCCUGGCAACGAUGAGCGAAAAUUGAAGAAACUAGCCUCACUGGAUGUCGACUGUGCUGUGCUGGACUGUGAAGAUGGAGUAGCCCUCAGCAAAAAGACAGAAGCCAGAGAAACUAUUCCGAGGAUGCUAGCGGAAUUGGACCUGGGCCGUACAGAAAAGUGUGUGAGAGUGAACUCGGUGUCUAGUGGCUUGGCUGAGGCGGACCUGGAGGUAAUUUUGAAGGCCAAGGUUCUCCCUCGUGCCAUCAUGUUGCCCAAAGUGGAGGACACACAGGAAGUGCAAUGGUUUGUUGACAGGUUUCAGCACCACUUGAAAGGAUGGGCACUGACAGAACCCAUUCGCCUCAUCACCUUUGUGGAAACCGCUGUGGGCCUGCUCAAUUUUAAGGCGGUGUGUGAGGAAAUUCGCUCGCUUGGUCCUAAGGUUGGUCUGCACCAUGAUGGCGUGGUGUUUGGCUCUGAUGACUUCUGUGCAAGCAUAGGUGCCACACGGACCAAGGAUGCCAGAGAGCUCCUUUAUGCAAGGCAGAGGGUGGUUGUGACUGCCAAAGCCUUUGGGCUACAGGCUAUUGACCUGGUCUACAUCGACUACAAAGAUGUGGAGGGGCUGAGGCAGCAGGCCAGAGAAGGCGCUCUCAUGGGCUUCACAGGUAAGCAGGUUAUCCACCCAGGGCAGGUCCAAGCUGUGCAAGAAGAGUUCUCCCCCAGCAAGGAGAGGGUCCAGUGGGCCAAAGAGCUCAUUGCUGCUUUUGACCAACAUCAGAAGGAGGGAAAGGGUGCGUUCACCUUCCUCGGCAGCAUGAUAGACAUGCCCUCGCUGAAGCAGGCUCAGAACAUAAUAACACUCUCUGCCGCGGUGCCAAGGAAAUAACACAACUGGUGAGAAGAAAUGGCAGGAACCACACGACUAAUCUGGGACGUGGAGGUCAAAGGAAACUGGAAAGGCUGCUGGUCUCGUGGCUAAAGUGACAUUUCAAAAACUUUUCAGCCAUCGUCUCAUUGCUUCACACAAAUGCAGUGUGGAAACUGUGGAUUUCAUUUGUGAUUUUUGGUUUUAUUAAGGUUGAUUUAUGUAGC